AUGGCAGUGCCAUCAUAUAGGAGCUAUCUUAUUAAAGGUAUUAAAUUUAACAUCAAGGCACAAGAUGAUGUGCGGACAACUCAAAAUAGUGGAGUUUAUUUACUUGCACAUACCAUGCAAGUUGCUAGUGCCAAGGAUAAAAACCCAAUUCUCUCAAAUAUGGGUUUCUAUGGUGUCAUUCAAGAAAUUUGGGACCUUGACUACCAAAAGUUUACAAUCCCAGUCUUUAGGUGUGAUUGGAUAGAUAGUACUUCUGGUCUUGUAGUGGACGAACUUGGAUUUACCCUUGUAGAUUUGAGUAAAAUUGGACAUAGGAAUGACCAAUUUGUUUUGGCUUCUCAAGUCAAACAAGUAUUUUUUGUUGACGGCCCGAUGCAUCGUGGUUGGUCGGUAGUGUUAUCAAUGCCUAAUAGAGAAUAUAAUGAUGUUAUUGGUAAUGAUGUCUUAGGUGAUGUGAGAAUUGAGUGUGAGCCAUUUACUAGAGGGAUGCCAAAUGUUGACACAUUUGAUGAAGUGGUGGGUGAGUUAGGGAGUCAAAAUAUUCGAGAUGGGUGUGAAGAUAUAUGGAUUGAAUGA